UUACCUAUUGUAUAAGUUUUUAUCUUCCUAUUGGUUUCUUAUUAGAAUAACAUUUCCUCACGGAAAUAAUUAAGCUCUCAUUUCACUGUAAUAGAAAAAUUUAGUUCAUCAAUCAAGCGUUACAAAAGUUUCAGUAUUGAUAAAACAACUGAUAACACUGGCUCAAAAUGUCAAUAACAAAUCAGUGACGUUUCGCAUCAGAAAAUUAGCAAUUUUCGCAUUACCUACGUUAUUUAUUUAUAAAAUGUAUUCACAAUCUGAACGCGUGGUGAAAUAAUAAAUAUCAUGUUUCAAUUUUAAUUUAAUUCAAUACAAAUUAAUUUAAAUAAAUCAGAAAUGACAACGAAAGAGCUGUACACAAAGGAUGCCCAAGUGUGGGUGGAAAAUCCGGAUACAGUAUGGGAAAGCGCCACAGUGGUUGCAGACUACCGUUCUGGAGUGCUUAUUGUGAAACUAGACCAGACCGGCGAUGUUCGUCAGAUAAAGAUAGCAGACGAGAACAAAUUGCCUCCAUUAAGGAAUCCUUCCUUGCUGAUUGGUCAGAAUGACCUCACAUCACUGUCCUAUCUGCAUGAGCCCGCAGUACUUCAUAACUUGAAAGUCAGGUUUUGCGACCGCAACGCCAUCUACACUUAUUGCGGCAUCGUUCUAGUGGCCAUUAACCCGUAUUAUGAAUUGCCUAUUUACGGAGAUGAAACCAUCAUGGCUUACCGGGGCCAGUCGAUGGGCGACCUCGACCCCCACAUAUUCGCAGUCUCCGAAGAAGCGUACACGAAGUUGGAGAGUGAGAAGCGAGACCAGAGCAUUAUCGUGAGCGGCGAAUCGGGCGCCGGCAAGACAGUGUCGGCUAAAUAUGCGAUGCGUUAUUUCGCCGCGGUCGGCGGCAACGCCAGCGAGACCCAGGUGGAGAGGAAGGUGUUAGCUUCCAGCCCUAUAAUGGAGGCGAUAGGCAACGCGAAAACAACACGUAACGACAACUCGUCCCGGUUCGGCAAGUUCAUAGAGAUACACUUCGACAAUUUAUACCGGAUAUCCGGUGCUAGCAUGAGGACGUACCUCCUGGAGAAGUCCAGGGUGGUGUACCAGAGUGCGGGGGAGAGGAACUACCACGUGUUCUACCAGCUGUGCGCGGCGUCUGCCUUCUACCCAGAUUUACACCUAGAUCACCAAGACACCUUCCACUACCUGAACCAGGGAGGCAGUCCCAACAUCGACGGGGUCAACGACCUCAAGACGUUUAAUGAGACAAAAAGCGCCCUUACCACACUAGGUGUAACAGAGAGCGAACAGCAGAACAUGUUCACAGUGCUCGCGACAAUUCUCCACCUCGGCAACAUCGAGAUCACCACGGACAGUGACCCCACCACCGACGUCCAAGAUGGCGCCUACAUCAGCCCCAACGAUAAACACCUCCAAAUAGUUGGCAACCUGUUAGGGCUCCCGAAAGCGGAGCUCCUGAUGUGGCUGUCGCACCGGCGCAUCGCGUCCGCGCGCGAGGUGAUCGUGUCGCGAAUGGACGCGCGGCGCGCGCGCGCGGCGCGGGACGCGCUCGCCAAGCGCAUGUACGGCGAGCUGUUCGCGUGGCUGGUCCACGCCGUCAACAGGGCGCUGGACACUGGACACGCGAAGAGACAUUUUAUUGGUGUCCUGGACAUAUACGGGUUCGAGACGUUCGAGAUCAACUCUUUCGAACAGUUCUGCAUCAACUAUGCGAACGAGAAGCUACAGCAACAGUUCAAUUCACACGUCUUCAAGUUGGAACAAGACGAAUACAUCAAGGAAGGUAUUUCAUGGAAAAUGAUAGACUUCUACGACAAUCAGCCGUGCAUAGACCUGAUAGAAGACCGGCUGGGCAUACUGGCGCUGUUGGACGAGGAGUGCCGAGUGCCGCAGGGCUCCGACCAGGGCUUCGUGUCCAAACUGCACGCCAAAUGUGAACACUACCCGCACUUCAUGAAGCCGAGGUUCGGCAGCUCUGCUUUCAUCAUAAAGCACUUCGCGGACAACGUGGAGUACCAGUCCGGGGGAUUCUUGGAGAAGAAUAGAGACACAGUAUCUGAAGAACAACUCGAGUGCAUCAGAUCAGCAACGAAUUGCCGACUCAUCCAAAUGAUGUUCGCUCCGGACAGGCUGGAGUCCUCCAACACCCUCCCCCCUCCCACCAGGAGGAAGACAAACGCGAAUGUACCGGUCGCCAGUUUGACACAACCGGGCAAACGUGCGUGUGGACAGAAGCAGACGGUGGGAGGCCAGUUCCGCGCGUCGCUGCGGGCGCUGAUGGGCACGCUGUCGGCCACCACCCCGCACUAUGUGCGCUGUCUCAAACCCAACGACGACAAGCGCUCGUUCAGCUUCGACCCCGCCCGCGCCGUCUGCCAGCUCAGGGCGUGCGGAGUCCUAGAGACAAUCAGGAUAUCAGCUGCGGGAUUCCCGUCGCGGUGGCUUUACCAAGACUUCUUCCACCGCUACCGCCUCCUCUGUCAACACAAGGAGAUCGACCGCAGUGACAUCAAAGCAACAUGCGGCCGCGUACUCACCAAGCAUCUGAAAGACCCGGAUAAGUACCAAUUCGGGGCUACCAAAAUAUUCUUCAGGGCUGGACAGGUGGCAUACCUAGAGAAGGUACGUGCGGACAUCCAGCGCCUGUACUGCGUGCGAGUGCAAAGCUGCGUGCGCCGGUUCGUGGCCAGACGGAAGUACCUCCGCGUCAUGCGGGCCGUAUGCGGUGUUCAGGCUCACGCCAGGGGAUACCUGGCCCGCCGCAAAGCGCAAGAGGUCCGUCGUAACCGCGCUGCCAUCAGAAUCCAGCGCAACAUCCGGGGCUGGCUGGCUCGAGUCAAAUACCAGAGAUUGAGGAAGCUGGUUACAGGACUGCAAGCGUAUGCCAGGGGACUGUUAGCCAGGAGACUGUAUAGAGACAGGAGACGAGUCAAGGCGGUGAUGGAGAUUCAACGGUACGCGCGCGGCUAUCUCGCGAGACAACGCGCCAAGAAAACAAGGCGACAGAUUAUUAUAUGUCAAGCUUCUAUCCGCCGCUUCCUGGCCCGCCGCCAGUACAAACGCCUCCGCAUCGAAGCCCGCAGCCUCGACCACGUGAAGAAACUGAACAAGGGCUUGGAGAACAAGAUCAUAAGCUUGCAGCAGAAAUUCGGCGCCGCGCUUGAGAGAGCCAAGUGUAUAGAGCCACUGCAAGCCCAAGUCGGUGAACUCAAGGCUAAACUGGAACUCCUAAGAUUAGUAGAAAUCGAAACGAAGACCUUAAAAGUCGACAUCGCAGACAAGGACAGCUUAAUAACCGCUUUGCAAACCGAGCUGACGAGCGAAAAGUACAGCAAUAAGCAGCUCAGAGAGGAGAAGAAGGAGAUAGAAGACCAGUACAAGAAGGACAGGGAGGAGUGGGAGGCGGAGAGCGAGAAGUUGGCAAGAGAACUGAAGAGUGACAAGGAGCAUUAUGAAUUGCUUAUUGAAGAGCGAGACAAGUUACACGAACAAGAGAAGAGAGCGCUGAACGCCGAGCUGGAGGCGGAGAGACAGAGUCGGCAGAAACUGCUGUCUUCUCAAUACGAGCUGCAGGAGAGGAUCGAUUCCUUGCAAAGGGCCCCAGCACCGAAAGAACACAGAAGAUCAUUGUCAGACGCCAGCAAUAACUCUCAGCAGGAAACCACAGUUGAAGAUGACUACGGCUAUGGUUCCGUGCGAUCUGUGGAGACCAAUCGGCCUGCAUUGGAAGCCGUCAAUUGGUCCACUGGAGCGCCCAAUGGCGGAGCCCCGAUCGCGGACGCCGGUUUGGUCCUACGUAUGCAGAACAGGAUAUCAGCAUUGCAGAGCGAACUUUCUAGAACUACCAAACGAGCGACGGAUUUGGAGGAACGUCUGAUGAGCCGUAUGUCUUCUCCUCCAAGCAACCCCAACAUAGAUCGGUUCCGGCUGGAAGAAAUGGAGAUUGAGAAUAAGAAACUAAGGGAGAAUCUAGACAGACUGCGAGCCGCAGGCGACAGCAUACUCAUAUCUAAGGAGGUCAUAGAACAACUUGCCGUGAUGCAGAAAGAGCUCGAUCGCAGAAGAGACGAAUGCAUCCAACUGAAGAGCGUCCUCACUAACCAGACGGUGAACCUGAAGUCGCUCGCGUCAUCCAAUUACGGGUCUGAUGUGGACAUCAUAAACGAAGAUGGCGAGCUGGCUACAGCUUAUGAGGCACAGAAAGGAAUUAAUAGACAACUGCAAGAAGAAUUGUAUGCUGAGAAGAAAUUCUACUCUGAACACAUCAGCAAAACCAAAGGGGAGAUUGAGAGGCUUCGAGAGGAGAAUGAGAAGUAUCAGAAAUUGUUGAGCGCUGAGCUAAGUCAAGAACCAAAGAACAAAAACCAAGAGUUCGCUCAAAACGAAAUCAUCCGGCUAGCGGCUGAGAGUUUGGCGCUGCAGGAACGCGUGGACAAACUGUCCGAGAGCUGUCGCCGGUACAAGAAUCAGAUUAGACUGCUUGUGAACAAAUUGAAGGAGGUCGGCGUCGAGGACGUCAGCGAUAUACUGGACAGCGGCGAUGCAGUAGUACAGAUAAACACGUCGCUUCCGCUACAGAUGGCGCCAGUGACGCGUAAGAAAGAGAGGGAAUACUUGGGAAUGUUUGAAUACAACGAACGGGACGAACCUGUCAUCAUCAAGAAGCUUAUUACGGAUUUAAAGCCAAAGGUAGCGGUGACCCUCCUACCGGGUCUACCAGCGUACAUCCUGUUCAUGAUGCUGCGGCACAUGGACCACGUGGACGACGAGGCGAAGAUGCACAAACUGAUGAAGGCGGUCCGCACCGGAAUCAAGAAGACGCUGAAGAGGAAGGCCGACAGCGUGGAGCACAACGCGCUGUGGCUCGCCAAUAUGCUCAGACUGCUGAACAACCUGCGCCAGUACAGCGGAGACGAGGUGUACCAGACGUCGAACACUCCGCGACAGAACCAGCACUGUCUGAGGGUGUUCGACCUGUCCGAGUACAGACAGGUGCUCAGCGACAUCGCCGUGUGGAUCUACCAGGGGUUGAUCCACCUGCUGGAGCGGCAGCUGGACCGGCUGAUAGUGCCGGCGAUACUGGAGCACGAGGAGAUCUCGGGGCUGUCGGGCCCGCCGCGGCCGGCGCCCGCCGCGCCCGCGCCCGGGCCCGCGCGUCUCAAGCAGGAGCUGUGUACGACGCAUGACACACUGCGCGCGCACGCCGUCGACACUCAACUUGCUGUGUCAAUAUUCAAACAGUUAUUCUACUACAUAUGUGCGUACAGCCUCAAUCAACUGUUGUUGCGUAAGGACCUAUGUUGCUGGGCCAAGGGCCUGCAGAUCAGGUACAACAUAUCUCAUCUCGAGACCUGGAUCAAGGAACAUCUCGCCGAGUAUGGACAGAAGAAUGUGGAAGAGAUCCUCGGUGUACUCAAGCCUAUAACGCAAGCGGUGCAGUUGCUGCAAGCGCGCAAAUCUAUGGCCGACGUGCAGAGCACUGUGGAAAUGUGCUGCGACCUCACUGCCAUGCAAGUGUGCAAGAUCCUGAAUAUGUACACACCAGCGGAGGAAUACGAAGUGAAGGUGACCCGCGAGUUCAUUCACGAGAUCCAGAAGAAAAUGCAGGAGAAGGCUGGCCCGCUCGCUGAGAAGGGACCGCAAAACCUCCUAAUGGACACAAAGCUGAUAUUCUCCGUGCAGUUCCCGUUCAACCCGUCCUCGAUCCGUCUCGAGGCCAUUGAGCUGCCCGAGGUGUUGGAAUUGGACGGCUUGCUCACCAAGAUUUAAGUAUGCCUGUGUUUUUCGCCAAAAACCACGAGAAACAUGUGUUUCUCACAUAGUUUUUGCUGUAGAGUGGUUAACGAAUUAGUAAGAAAUGUAUACUUAUCCUAAAAGAUAAACUGUUCGUGAAAAAUACUCGUAGGGCUGUCCCAAAAGGAUAUAUUGACAAGCAAAAUAUAUAUACAUUUGUUGAUUUCUAAUUAAAAAUGGUAGAAACGCGAUCAAUAUAUUAAUGAAAUAAAAUAGUUUAUUUGUUGCCCGAUCAUGAAUGCUGGUCUAUACAGAGUAAUGUUUUAUUCAAUGCACACAUUUUUUCAAUAUAGUACGGAAUACAACAACUCCCAAAAUAUAUAAUCAUUGAAAUAAGAAAAAAAUCGACUUUCCAACAAUUUGUUCACCCAAUUUGUAUGGGAGCUCAAAAAUGUUUGUCAUAUUUUGACAUAGAUUUUUUGUAUACCAACUCAGAUUUUUCUUCCGUGUUUCACAAAAUUUGUGCCGCGUAGGUAAAAAAAAUCCUGUAUUUGACUAAUCAAUAGAACCAGAAGCAAAUAAAACAAUUCUAUUAAUAGUAGCAAUUACGAAAGUUUUCUCAGCUUUUGUAUAUAUUUCUCAUUGAUAUAUUUGCUAUAAACUAUAGAGCUCAUAGAAAAACAACCAAAUCAAGAAAUUCGUUUCUCGUUAAUCGUUUUCAAAGAUGCAAAGUUACAGCUAGGUUUUGAUGUAAAUUUUGUGUUUUUAUUUGCUAUUUUUGCAAUUUUUUCUCAAUGAAAUGUUGUCGAGUAAUUAAUCAUCUUUUUCUACGUCUUUCCUUAUUCAUCGAAUCGUAAUAAAUAGUUAUUGAUUUCCGAAAAUACAAUAAUAAAAAAAUAUUUGUAAAAAAUAUUUUGGCAGCCAUAACAUUAAUUGUUUCUCGGGCAAUGACGCGAGAAAUUUUGUUUUAAGUUUACUAUUUAUUUAUAAAAUGUAUUAUUUAUGAAUUAUAUACAAAUGAUUAUUUUUUCUUAAAACAUUUCCCACGAAAUUUACAUUCCAUUUUGCCAUGUUUUUUAGAUAGUGCCAUUAUCAUAUCAUUUAUACUACACAUUGUGCUGUUACACACAAUUGUUUACAAUUAUACACAGUCUGCCAGCUGGAUGGUGGAAAAAAUAUUGUUAAUAAUUAUGUGGUAAUACUUUUUUUUUCAAUUUUGAUCGUUACUUUACAUUUAUAAUGUUUAGUUCUAGAAUUUUGUUUAAUUUAUGCCGCGGCUUCGUCCAUUUGUUUAGCCAAAAAAAAAAAACUUAUUAGGUAUGAAAAUCUGUUAGGUACAUUUUGAGAUACACGUUCAGAUGGCAGACGCAGGAGACAGUAUUUGCUUUAUUUUUAAAUAUUAUUUUAUUGGUAUUUAAUAUAAUGUAGACAAAUUGAGAAAAUAUAAUAUUUACACAGAUUUUUAGCACAGGAGCUAGUGGCUUCUCUUUUUUCAGGUCAUCUAAAAAUAUAUUUUUUCAUUCGUUUCACUAGCUUUCUGGUAUUUUGUAUGAUAUUUUGUUGUACAUUUAUAGAGUUCAAGAAUCAACGAAGUUAAAUUUUUUUUUAUUAAAAUUAUAGAUGUUAUUAUUUAAUUAGAUUUUUUUACGUGAAAUUUUUAAAUUUAUUUUUACUGAAUAUUUUUGCUUUCCGUAGGAACGUAAGAUUUUAUAUAACUAUAAUUAAUAUGAAUAUUUAUAAUAAUUAUGGUUAUAUCAAACGUAUACUUGACCAAGUGUUCGAAGGUAAUUAACAUUUAUAAAUGCAUAUUAUUAUAAUUAUAAUUAGAGAAUAUUAAAUUUGACAUUCCUUUAUUGCUGUGUUAAAAAUAAUAUUUUAGUAUUAGUACAGUCGGCGUAGAAAUUUGGGGAAAGUACAGUUCUUUUUUUUAUUGCAGAAAUUUGAAAAUGAUAAAAACUUUUUUUGGAUAUAUCAGUUUCAUUCAUAUUUAUAUUAUAUAAAAAAAUAAUUAUUUUUUUCUUACGUAUUACACUACUUACUAUGGUUUAUGAUAUGAACGGAACAUAUUGCUGAAUCUGUUGCAUAAUAUUGUUAUAUUAAUUUCAUAUUCGAAACCGACUGCAAUUAGUAAAAUUUUUGUAAUAUACAGUACUUAUAUACUGAGUUAGAUGUUAGAUUGCAUUGUCAUAGUAUGAUAAUUUGAAAAUAAUUGCAAAUUGAUAUUUAAAAAAAAUAUAGGUAUAAAAAAUAAUUGUACUAACAAAUAUAUUUCUCAAUUGUACUCUUCUGGAAUACCAAUUGCCUCAAUAAGAAUAAGUAUAUAAAUUUUACGACAUUUUUCUUUUACUUGCAAAAUUUUAUAAUUUUAGGUCAACGGGAAAUACUUUAUAGGUUUUGAGUCCUUUGUGAAAUCGAAAUGUUAUCUUUUGAUCGCGUUAACUUGCAAUUUUGGUAUUUUCACAGCUAAAUAUGACCGUAGACGCGAGUAUUCAUUGUAAAUUUCAACUUGAUACCUCUACGCGAUCUUGGCGCACUCAAUGGAGCAAGAAACCGUGAAAUCGCUAAAAGAGAAAGAGAGCUAUGCAUUCCUGAGAAAAAGGGUCUUGACAGACAGACAGACGGACUGACAGACGAUCAACGAAGUGAUCCUAAUACUAAUUUUUUUUGUACAUUUUAUAGUUCUCUGAAAUAUAUUAUUCAACAGUAUUAUCGAUAUACAAAAUAUUUGCAAUUAUUUUUAAAACAAAAAUGAAGAGUUUUAACAUUGUUACCAUAUGUUAGGUGCUUACAGCUCAUAGUUAAAUAUAUACGAAUGUACAUCUAUAGUAUACAACUAUCGACCUUGUGUCCUCGACGGAAGGUCGAAAGUGUUAUAUCUAGAAGUAUUUUUUUAGGCAAAUUUAGUUUCAUAAAAGCUAUUUACAUGAUUGUAUUUUACCGAAUGUAUGUUAGGAUAGGGUAGUUGCCUGUGUAUAAUAUAAAAUAUAUGUGGUCGUCCAAAUUAAAAUGGACCUUAUGGCGCCUGGCACUUACGCCAUUAUUGCCGUUGUUUUGUAUUCCAACAACGGCAAUAAAGACCUAACUGCCAGCCGCGAUAAGGUCCCUUUUGAUUUGGACGAUCACAUAUGUACAGGGUUACUGGUAUCUAACGUAUAACCUUUCAAAGGCGCAUAAGGUACAUAGAGACUAACAUCUUUUGUUCUACGACUUUUGUCUAAACGUAAUAAAUACAACAAUUUUCCUUUCUUUAGUUUUAAUGUCGUUUCUAUAAGACUUAACUCUAUGUUCGAUUCCGCUACAUAACGCUACUGCACUGUCUCCUAUUGCUUGGCUAUUAUAUAUAUAUAACAUAGAGUUUGUAUUUUUUUUAUAUAUAAAAAAACUACCGAAUCACGUCAGUCAAUCAGUCGUAGAAUAAAAGUUACGUUUAUCUGUCAGAUUACGUGUUUAUUUAAAUUUUCGGGUAUAUAUGUGUUUCAACACAUUACUACGUAUAUAUUACGGGGCUUAGCACGAACCUUAAUUGGUUAAUAUGAUAUUUUACGAGAAAGUGGUACGACAGGCCUUAAAUAUAGCAAUGUUUCAUCGGCGGCGCUAGUGUGCCGAUGUCUUUAAUAAUAAACCCGCAAAAUUAUAUGUAGGCUGUAGGCUGCUCAAGUUAUGAAUUCGCUGUUGAAUUAUAUUCCCAAAAAUUAUAUAAAUGUUUUAAAAAUUGUUAUCUGUCAAUUUAUUAAUAAGCCUCCAAUAUCAAUGAGCUUUAUGUUAAAGAAUUUUAUAUUAUCUAUAACUAUAUAUUGGCUAUAGAAAUUAGAAUAUUUAUGAAUGAAGAGAAAUUGUUAAAAUGGCUGUUAUUUAUUUUUUUGUAAUUAUAGUGCUCAAUAUUAUCUAGAUUUCGAAUUAAGUACAAUUUUUAAGAGCAAAUUCAGUCGAUCAUACUAUACCCUAAUCGUUUAGAUACUUGAAAAAAAUCGUGACAUGUCUUUUUAAUUUAAAGUACAAAAUCCAUAUUACAUACUAACCAUGUAUUGUUGUAAUAUCAAUUUUUUUGUACAAACUAUAUACAAUGUUUUGAAAAAAAAAUUUGGGACAUAUAAUACCUAAGUUGCUCUUAAAUUGUACAUGAUAUGAAAUCAUUAUAUAUUACAGUAGUACAGAGUAUAUUACAAACACAUAUACAAAAAUUGGAUAUGACAUUGUAUAUGCAAAUAUAAAAUAAAAUAUUCAGGGCAAACUACAGUCUGUCAAGAAAGUGAAAAAAAUAAAUGAGGACACUGUCUCCUGUCGGCUGGCAACACUGGGUGUUUAUCAGCCAAUCUUGACCGUUUUAUUUGGUGUUGCAAUGGCAAAAUUUCCCUCUCGACAGACAGUAUUUGUCACUUUCCAUAAUGUUUAAAAAAAUCACGCAAUCUAUAAUUGUUUGUUUCCAAGUGUUAUGUACUUAAUGUUGAUCUCUUCCGUUCCUUUUGAGAAUGUAAGCAAUACCUUGCAUAUCUAUUAAUUUAUUUAUCUUUGAUGGUGUAUUUAAUGCAUAAUAAAUAAAUAAAUUGAAAAACUAAGCAUUGAAAUGUAUUAUUAUUUGUUAAGUGUACUUGUUUACUUUAAAAUGUGUUGGAAAAUAAAUAAUUUAUUAUUUGAAAUAAAUACUGUAGUCAUUUUA